AUGGCACCUGAGUCCGACAGAACUCGUCUGCACCGUUUGGCUGAAAAAGAUGAUGACGUCAUAAAAAUGUUGCACGAGUUGAUUGAAACUGUUAAGCAGGCGGCCGCUAAUUUCAAAACUUGUGCUAUGCUCGCUGGUUCUUCGAUGAAACGUGCAGAACAUCAUGAACGUGAUUUAGAUCACAUUAUACUGGAGUUGGAAAGCAUUUCCCUGAACAAUUAA